GAGCAAGAGACUCCCAAGCAAACAAGGGGAGGAAGACAAGAGGGAAAAAAAACUUUGGGAAAGUGCAAGACUUCUCAUUCACCUUACAACUCUUUUCAUAAGCAGAAGAAGAAUGAAGACAGGAAAAUUGAUUGUCAUCGUGGAGUGGAGUGGUAAAGAAAGUAUGCUGUGUGUGGCUUACUGAGGGAAGAUAGAGAUCCAGAUGUUCUCUGUCCAUGUGCUCUGGAACAUCUCAAUGUUGAAGCUCCCAAGUCAAUGAUACCAUGCAAUCUGGUACUUUCUGUGGGCAGACAAUGGAGAGGCUCCUGGUAUUUUUGUUUGUGGUGGCAAUGUCUUCACAGGGACUGAAUGCUUUGAGUCAUGGAAGUGUCAUUGACCUUCUAUCAGCUCUAGAUGUAUCCCACUCAAAGAGCGGUGUGUCCAGAUUGCACAGUCCCACGGGAGCCGUGUACAGACUGCGUCCCCGAGCGCCUCACCUGACGCUCUCUGCGGAAUAUUCCCGAAUACUGAGUUCUGACCUCCAGGGAAGCAUUGGGCUACAUUUGGUGGGCCAACAGCUGCAGGGCAGCAACGUUACACUUUUGUCUUUCUCCACCUCAUCGUUGGACAUUGUUCUCCGGCUCACAUCAUCCACCCCGGAGAACGUUCUCCGUUUGGACUACCGAGGGGGAGGGGGCCUCCGGGGCUUUCUUUUACCCGGCACCAACCCCUUCUCCACAGGGGAAUGGGUGCAGUUGGCCAUAAGCCUGGAGCCAGACAGGCUCGUAUAUUUUGUGGACUGUCGAGAAGCCCAAGUCAUCCUCAUAAAACCGAAGGAGAAGUUCGAGCUAGAAUUUCCGCAAGAUGUUGUCAUCACCCUGGGAAGCACACCGGGAAGAAAAGACAGCAAAUUUACUGGCCACUUUAAGACAGCAGAGAUUUCAAUGAAGGCCUAUCUGACACGCCCUUGGCAAUGUGACAUGACAGAUGCGCUACCUGCAUCAACUUACACACAGACUGCAGAUUCACUCAAUGUAGAUGGACCAGUGCAGCAACGGGAGGUCUCUAACUCUACAACGAAAGCAAAAAGAAAGCACAGAACGCCAGUCCAGAAAGCUUAUUAUCCACCACACAGCAUCCAGAGUGAGCAGCUGCAAAGGGGAGUGGUCCUGGGGCCACCAGGACUCCCUCAAGGGGGGAAGUCCACUUCCCAGACCCAUGGGGAUGACGGCCUUCGCAGACUGGAGAGCAGGUUGGAGGACCUGACUCGUAUGCUCGACUUGCUCCAAAUUCAGAACGAGGAGUUGCAGUCGCGUGUGCGCUACCUGGAGGGAUGUGAGUGUGUGCAGCGAUCGUGUAUUUGGGAGGGUGGAGAGGUGGAGGACGGCCGGCGCUGGCAGACUGACGUCAGCACCGUGUGCACAUGCGCAUCUGGAAAGGUCACGUGUCAAGCCAACAUAAGAGACUGUGAGCCACAAGACACAAGAAUUCAUAAUGUGUCCCACAGUGCCAACACAUGCGGGGGGGGCGAGAGGGAUUGUUCGUCGGUGCGUUGCCCACCGCUGCACUGCACACAAACAGAGAGCGUACCCGGGGAGUGUUGCCAGAGAUGCAAAGGCUGCGUACUUUCUGGUGUACGUUAUGAGUACGAUGCAAAAUGGAGGCCAGCCGAGAGUCCAUGUGAUGUCUGCCACUGUUUGGAGGGUGACAUUCGCUGCGAGAGGGAGCCGUGCCCCUCCUUGCUGUGUACCAACCCUGCGUCUCCUCCACAAAACGCCUGCUGUCCAGUGUGUCAAGGCUGUGGUGUGAAUGGCCAACACUUCCCAAAUGGAGCUGCGAUCUCUACAGGAGAUCGCUGUGAACAAUGUUCAUGUCUGGAUGGAAAUGUGGCAUGUUUACCUCACCCUUGUCCUGCCCUGUUUUGUCAAAAUCCCGUGCAUCGUCCCGGAGACUGUUGCCCACGGUGUGAUCAAUGCGAGUAUGAGUCUCGAGUGUACGUGGACGGACAGAAGUUUCCGUCAACAGGUGACCCCUGCAUCGAGUGCCGCUGCGCGGCAGGCGAAGUGUCCUGUGAGCGCACGGAGGCAUCGUGUCCUGCGCCGCGUUGCAACCACCCGGCGAAACGCAAGGGAGAAUGUUGUCCAACUUGCAAUGAGUGUGAGUUUGACGGGCGGGUGUACGCCGACGGAAAAGUCUUCGUCCCACCCGGAAGUGGACCCUGCCUGCAGUGCAGGUGUAAGAGCGGAAACGUUGUUUGCCAUGAAGAAAAGUGCCCACCCGUGAAAUGCUCCAACCCCAUACGAGAGCCACAUCAAUGCUGCCCCUUCUGCAAAGCAUGCAUUUUUGAGGGCUCUGAGUACGAAGACGGCUCCAAAUGGCAUCCCAGGGAUCCUUGCUCCAGGUGCACGUGUGUAGACGGAGCCCCACAGUGCACCCGCAUUCAGUGUCCCGCCACCAACUGUCUGCAUCCUACCAAGCCCACAGGCUCCUGCUGUGCAGCAUGCGACAGCUGCACGUUUCUACACCGUAUCUACAGCAACGGGCAGAAGUUUGGGACGCCCGAGCGGCCGUGCCACAUCUGCACCUGCCUGCAUGGCACCGUGGAGUGCGAGAGAAACUCUUGUCCAACGCUCAACUGCAGCAACCCGUACACGGCACCAGGAGAGUGCUGCCCCAAAUGUCCAGAUUGUUUGUUUGAGAACCAUGUAUUUGUGGACGGUCAAGCCUUCCCCAAUCCACUAAGCGCGUGCGAGGAGUGCAAGUGUGCCAGCGGCACCAUUGACUGCCAGCGGGCUCACUGUCCUCGGCCUCAAUGUAACGCUCCCCUACCGGGGACGUGCUGCAGGAACAACUGUCAUGGAUGCAGCUAUGGCGGGAAGGAGCAUCUCAAUGGUCAGCAGUUUUCACAUCCCACUGAUUCAUGCAGGACCUGCAGCUGUAUUAAUGGAAAUGUACAAUGUCUUAUGACGAGGUGUCCACCGUUGUCAUGUGCCAACCCAAAUGUGUUGCAAGGCGAGUGCUGCCCCCAAUGUCCUGCGCCCCCGUCAGACUGCGAGUCAGGGGGCCAAAUAUACAGGCAUGGUGAGCGCUUCUACUCGCCGUCGGAGCGCUGUCAGUUAUGCUCGUGCACCAAUGGCACGGUGCACUGCCACAGAAAGCCGUGCCCCUUCGCUUCCUGUUCGCAUCCUGUUACAAAGGAUUGCUGCCGUACCUGCCAAGCAGGCUGCCUGUAUGAAGGUCGAGAGAGAGGAAAUGGGGAGAUGUGGGACGACGCUUCGGACCCCUGCGCUGCGUGCGUGUGCCAGGAGGGCUCUGUCAGGUGCGAGAGGAAGCGUUGCCCCCCCAGCAACUGUAAGCACCCUGUUCAGCGACACUGCUGCCUGUCCUGCGAUGGCUGCAUGUAUAACGGGAGAGAAUACGUCGACGGUAGCGAGUUUACUGAUGACAAAGAUCCCUGUGCUGUCUGCUACUGCUAUGCUGGUGAGGUGGUCUGCACCAAGCUGCCCUGCUAUGGAGAGUGCCACCACCCCUACAAAGCGCCUGGACAAUGCUGUGGGGAGUGUCAACGCUGCUUUUACAAUGGUGCGCUGCUCGCUAAUGGACAGUCAAUCCCUGAGCCGGGGGAUGUUUGCUCUAAGUGCACCUGCCAGACAGGCACCGUGCGCUGCGCCAAAAAGUCUUGUCCAGUGACGUUCUGCCCUCACCCGCUCACAGACGCAUGCGGGUGCCCCGUGUGUGAUGGUUGCCACUUCCAAGGUGUGGAUUACAUUAAUGGGCAGAACGUCACAGGAGGCGGGGGCAGCUGCCAGGAGUGUGUGUGUUCAAGGGGUGAGGUGAUUUGCACAACAAGGAGAUGUCCCGCCGUGUCCUGUUCUCAUCCUGCGCUGGAUGGAUGCGCGUGCGGAGUGUGCGAUGGCUGCAAUUUUGAGGGACGUGAUUGUUUCAAUGGAGAACGAUUCCCACAUCCGACAGAUCAUUGCCAGCUCUGCUCUUGUUUGAAUGGAGGUGUGCUGUGCUCGCACGUUUCGUGUCCGAACACCGCCUGCUUGCAUCCGACGACACCAGCGGGCGAGUGCUGCCCAGUCUGCACCGGGAUGUGUCGAUAUCAAGGGAGGGAGUAUCAGUCCGGCUCAUCCUUUCCCUCGCUUUCGGACUCCUGUGCCUCCUGCUCCUGUUUGGAGGAAGUGGUGAGCUGUAAGAGGCGACCUUGUCCCGUGCAGUGUUCCCACCCAGUGCCGGCCGAUGCCUGCUGUCCCGUGUGCGACUCUUGCUUGUACGAUGGCACGAUCCACGCCCAUGGCCACGACUUUACGCCAUCUUCCGAGCCUUGCCAGCAUUGUACCUGCGUCAGGGGCACCGUCACAUGCAUGCCCCUUGUCUGCCCGCCGGCUCCCUGCAGUCAAGCCAUCAAGAAGCCGGGACGCUGCUGCCCCGAGUGUACAGGAUGUAUGCUGGACGGACAAGAGUACAGUGACGGCCAGACAUGGACCCUCACGUCAAACCACUGUUCUACGUGUGCCUGUCAGUCCGGCGAGGUGCAGUGUUCAUCUCCACAGUGUCCCAAACUGACUUGCAUGCAUCAGGUGACCGAGCCUGGGGCCUGCUGUCCUCGCUGCAGAGGUUGUAUGUACGACGGAGGUGAGUACACGGAGGGAAGCAGCUGGUUUGCUGACUCGUCUCACUGUCGCAGUUGCAUGUGUGUGGACGGUGUGACAACCUGCUCGGAAGUUCACUGCCUGUCCCCGUGCAGCAAUUUCAUUCAGGUUCCUGGAGAGUGCUGCCCCAUGUGCGCAGACUGUGUGUUUGAGGGCAGGGUGUACGGUCCAGGAGACAGCUUCCAUCCAGCUGGUGACCCCUGCCAGGUCUGCUCCUGUGAGGUAAUGCCAGACGGCGAGCAACACCUGCGUUGUUACCGGAAACAGUGUCCCAGUCUGGUGGACUGUCCCAAGAAAAACAUCAUGUUUUCUGGACCAGACGCCUGCUGCCCUAUUUGCGCACAGCCUCUCAGCAAUUGCACUUCAACGCUGAUCGGCAAUGAGGUACUUGCCACAGACAACCCAUGUUUUACCUGCCAGUGCAAGGACUUAACUUGGACGUGCCUGCAUCAAGGCUGCCUUCCCCUGACUUGUCCUCCCAGUGAGCAGUUCACCCCUCCGGACUCAUGCUGCCCUGUGUGUAAAGAUUGCGUGCUGGAGGGUCAGAACCGACGCGUGCCCAGUGGCAGCAGCUGGACGGACAGCGAUGACAAUUGUGUUACUUGCAGCUGUAAAUUGGGCUACAUUGAAUGCAACAUUGAGGAGUGUCCAUCCAAGCCUUGUCCUGAUGGUCAAAAACAAGUGAAGGUAGCAGGGAAAUGUUGCCUUGAAUGUCAAGAGUGGGGUAUGUCAUGUACGCACCAGGGCACGGUGUACCAAUCGGACGAGCAGUGGCAAGUGAACGAGUGCACUGGCUGCACUUGCGUGUCUGGGGAUGUGCACUGUCACACUGAACGCUGCCCUCUACUCUCCUGCAAUACGGAUGAAAUGGCAGCAGUGGUGCCCGGCUUGUGCUGCCCUCACUGCCUCCCCCGGCCAGCCACGUGCAUCGCAUUCGGCGACCCCCACUACCGCACCUUCGACGGUCGCAUGCUCCACUUUCAGGGGGCGUGCACCUACAUUUUGGCGCAGGACUGCCAGGCUGGCGACUUCAGUAUCCACGCCACCAACGACGACCGCGGCCGUCAAGGGGUGUCGUGGACCAAAGAGGUGACCGUCUUCAUCGGUGAUGUCACUGUGCAGCUACUGCAGAACUGGCUUGUAAAAGUAGAUGGCGAGGUAGUGACACUGCCGUUCCUCCGAGAACCGUACAUUUAUGUAGAGCGUAAGGCCAACACGGUCCUGCUCAAUACCAACAUCGGCCUCAAGGUGCUGUGGAACGGCCGUUCCCACUUGGAGCUCAGCGUUCCGGGCACCUACAAGGAACAUACCUGCGGCCUCUGUGGCAACUUCAACAACUAUCACCAGGAUGAUCUUCGCAUGCCCAGUGGACAGAUAAGCCUGUCGGAAGCCGAAUUUGGCAACAGUUGGAGGGUGACAAACGGAAGCCACGCCCUGACAUCAUGCCGCCCGGGGGAGGACGUGGACCCCUGCAAGGAGGCGGGCUACCACGCCCGAAAAAACGCCAACGCUCGCUGCAAGGUCCUCAAAUCGGCGGUGUUCCGGCCGUGCCACCGCGUGGUCCCCCCCGAGGCUUGGUACGCCGCCUGCGUCUAUGACCUGUGCGCCUGCGGGGCCAACACUGACCAGUGUCUGUGCGACGCGUUGGAGGCCUACGCCGGGCAGUGUCGCGAAGCCGGGGUGGUCCUGCGCUGGAGGGGACCCUCGCUGUGCGCGGUGGGCUGCCCGACAGAGAGGGGCUUUGUGUUUGACGAGUGCGGCCCGCCGUGCCCCGUCACCUGCUUCAAUGCCGCAGUGCCGCUGGGAGUGAUUGAGAGCCACUGCUUCAAGCCCUGCGUGCCUGGUUGCCAGUGCCCCGCCGGCCUGGUGCUGCACAACAACCAAUGUGUCCAUCCUUCAAAGUGCCCGAAAAUCAUCCACGGCGACCGGUCGUGACUGCUCAUGCGAGCGCUGAACUGAUAUUUAACUUGACUUUAAAUGACUAUUUCACGUGAAUAUACAAUAUAGACCACGAAGCGUUCUUGUUUAAAUUGACUGCCAUUAAUGGUAGACGUCCAAUCCGUUAGAACUGGGAGAAGCUUCCGGCUCAAAUAGAUUGGAUGUCUAUCACCGUCAAUGGCACUGAAACUUGAUCACUGUUUUUCAAGCACUGUGCAAUGUCACAUUAUCUCAGGUUUUAUAUGUAGAAUGAAUAAAGCUCUUAAUAAUAUCCAAUGUGAUGACUGUCAUUUGAUGCUACUGCCCUCCUGGUAACCAUAGCAAUAGCCUCUAUAAUUUAUAGGUAGUGCACCUUG